CUCCUUCAUUCAACCAACUAACAUUCGAAAAGAACCUUGCACGCAACCAUGCUCUCCCCUGUUAGAAGCUCUAUUCUUGCACAGCUCUGCAAGUCCCCUCUUUCACAACAACGACAACAACCAUUAUUCUCUCGUAUUCUCCGAGCCUCAUUCUCGAGCGCACCCAAGCGCCACCUGAUCCGUGAUAAUUCGUAUCCUUAUCCUCUUUAUUACCACUUACUCACGGCCGAUAACGCUGCUUCCAACAAUAUCCAAACCCCCUCUCAUGCUGAACCCCGUUCCCGUACCUCUGCCUCCGAUCAUUCAGAUUAUAACGCAACCUAUGUUCUCUCCUUCCUGGAAGCCUUCCCUAAACAGAACCCUCAAAUCAUCGGUUUCUUAAACCACAGUACUUCCUCUCCAGACUCGGAAGAGGAAAUUGAGGUUCGACCCAAUAAUUUUACAGAGAACGAGGCCUUUAACGAUCUUCUUCAUCAAGUCAUCCAACAAAAUCUCAAGAAGGAUCCGAUGGUCGAAAUGGUUUUACAGCAGCAAGUGGAAGGUUGGACUCAUAUCACAGACAAGCGUAACCCAGCGCCCUAUGGAAGAACUCCAUUGCCAGAAGAUAUCUUUGGAAGUGUUCAAAUCCUCAAUGGAGAAAUUCAACCAUCAACCUAUCAGAGAAUGCCUUCACACCGUAUCGUCAGUAGCAAUGGUCUCUUCCAGUUGAGUGAAUAUCUUCAUGAUAAACUUGUCAAGCACCUCACCAAUCUGUAAAUAGUAAAUACGGUCCGAUCAAAAACCUUUUGUCAUCUAAACAACAUAAACAACUAAGCAUAUAAAUGCAAUUGCAAAUAAAACGGCC